AUGGGUCCGCGCUCACCACAGAGAUUCUCUGCGUUUCGCUCAUUUUCGGCGAUGGCCAGAGACCCGACUAAUUACUAUCAGGAGUCUGUCGGACAGAUCAGACAGAAGAUCAAUAAAUUCCGAUCCAUUCCUUCCAAUUGGAACUCCUAUAUGAAGGCAAAGGAAAUAAUGGAUUCUUCGACGUCCACACAACGCGUCCAAUUCACUGAAGACACUUUCGGCACAGUUGGACACGAUUCAGAUAUAGGCAUCAGAUAUACCAAUCAAAGCCUAAUUGACGUACAUUUAGGAUUUUUGCAGGUGAGACAUCGUUAUGCGAUAACAUUCAGCUUCGAGUGUCCGGAAUCGAUUGAAGGCUCGCUUGUGGUUCGCAAUCAAGAAUCGUCGGCAAUCAACCCAAACACACAUGUAAUUGAUUUGAGGGCUUUAGAUGUCGACAAUUUGCCGACAAACACAUCGAAUACAACUAAUUCUAAAUUUAAAUAUGAAAUAACUGUUGAAUUGUUUGCACACAAAGAAAAACUACUAAAAGAGCAGAUAUGUCUGCAUUCGAGCCAAAAUGUGUGCCAAACCCUAACUCUAGUAUUUCACGCCCGAGUCUUAGGCAAAGGGAAGGGAACACCACUUAUAAAGAAUGGCAUCAAAUGUGUUGGCAUUGAAAUGGAUGAGGACGACGGCGAUAGCAGUGAUUGGCAAGGAUUUAGUAAUUGAUUCAAUUAAUUAAUUGUAUUAUUAUUCGUAUAAACUAUUCCUUUAAAUAUUGUUUAUUUAUAAAUUGAAUUCAUUUUUGGAAAUAUUUUGAAUAAAAUUAUCAAUUUUUAUCAUUUA